AUGGUCAACCCACGUGUCUUCUUUGACAUUGAUAUUGACGGUCAACGAAUUGGUCGAGUUGUUUUUGAACUCUUUGCUGAUGAAGUGCCCAAUACAGCCGAAAACUUUCGUGCCCUUUGUACAGGUGAAAAAGGAUUAGGAAAGUUGAGCAACAUGCCUUUACAUUUUCGAGGAUCCAUUUUCCAUCGAAUAAUCAAAGGAUUCAUGAUUCAGGGUGGAGAUUUUACACGUCGUAAUGGAACUGGAGGAGAAAGUAUUUUUGGUGCCACAUUUGCAGACGAGUCCUUUGCUCGCAAACAUACCACUCACGGAUUGUUGAGUAUGGCUAAUCGUGGUCCUAAUACUCAGUCUUCUCAAUUCUUCAUCACGACCCGCCCUACACCGCAUCUUGAUGGAAAGCAUGUUGUAUUCGGACGUGUGGUGUCUGGUUUCCCGAUUAUCGAACAAUGUGAGAAUGAACCUGUUGAUGAAAGAGAUCGCCCUAUGCGAACAGUAAUGAUUGCAAAUUGCGGUGAACUUGUACUUAAGCUUCCUCCCGGUGUCAAGAGUAAGAAGAAAAAUACAAUUUUUGGAAAUUUAAUAAUAUUAACGAUCGGUUACUGUUCUUUAUGA